CAAUGGGUUUGGAUUCCGAGUAUCAAGGGCCUACCAAACCCCGGGGAUGAGAGGAGAGCCGAUUACCGAAGAAAGGGAGCCCCCCCCCCCCCCCGAGGAGACCAGCCUGCAGAGCCCGGCCCCCAGGGAACCCUCUGGACACUAGCACCGAGGUCUGCAGCGAGACGGUCUAAGCCACUCCACUACGCGGUUCUCGAACAGCAACACCCCGGGCCCAGAAGAGGAGGGUGCCCAGCUGGGCAGGGAGAAGGGGUGUGGGCGCAACGGGAAAGGGACUGCAGGCAGGUCCGUCGGAUCUCCUGGGAGGUCGGGCACAGGGCAGGGAAGUCCACACGGCUCCCUGAGCCCCGAGGGAAGUGUCCGGCUCCAGGCCCUCUGGGCGGGACUCCUCUGGCCCCAGCACCAGGCCGUCUGGCAGGGACAACGGGCAAGGGAAGCAGACCCCGGCAAUCCGGACCGGCUCGGAUCUUACCAUGACCAAAAUUGUAGAAAACCAGACCUACGAUGAGCGUCUAGAGAUUAACGACUCUGAAGAGGUUGCAAGUAUUCAUCCUCCAACCCCCAGACCCAAAGGACUUCUUGGUUCUGCCCAGCUUCCUGACAAGACUAUGGCUGACAACAGCAGUGAUGAGUAUGAAGAGGAAAAUAACAAGGAGAAGAAGAAGCCCUCGCAGCUGACACCUCAACGGGGCUUCAGUGAAAAUGAUGAUGAUGACGACGACGACUCCUCUGAGACGGAUACUGAUGAAGAUGAUGAUGAUGAAGAGCACGGGGCCCCUCUGGAAGGGGCCUAUGAUCCUACAGAUUAUGAACAUUUGCCAGUUUCGGCUGAGAUUAAGGAACUCUUCCAAUAUAUCAGCAGGUACACCCCUCAGAUGAUCGACCUGGACCACAAACUGAAACCUUUCAUUCCUGAUUUUAUCCCCGCUGUUGGGGAUAUUGACGCAUUCUUAAAGGUCCCACGUCCUGAUGGAAAGCCGGACAACCUUGGCCUGUUGGUAUUGGAUGAGCCUUCUACAAAGCAGUCAGACCCCACAGUGCUCUCUCUCUGGUUGACUGAGAAUUCCAAACAGCACAACGUCACACAACAUAUGAAAGUAAAGAGCCUAGAAGAUGCAGAGAAGAAUCCCAAAGCCAUUGACACAUGGAUUGAGAGCAUCUCAGAAUUACACCGUUCUAAGCCCCCUGCGACUGUGCACUACACCAGGCCCAUGCCUGAUAUUGACACGCUAAUGCAGGAAUGGUCCCCAGAGUUUGAAGAGCUUUUGGGCAAGGUGAGCCUGCCCACGGCAGAGAUCGACUGCAGCCUGGCAGAGUACAUUGACAUGAUCUGUGCCAUCCUCGACAUCCCUGUCUACAAGAGUCGGAUUCAGUCCCUACACCUGCUCUUUUCCCUCUACUCGGAAUUCAAGAACUCACAGCAUUUUAAAGCUCUAGCUGAAGGCAAGAAAGCAUUCACCCCUCCAUCCAACUCCGCCUCCCAAGCUGGAGAUGCAGAGACAUUGAUCUUCAGCUGAGACACCCGCCCAGGUCACGCUGUUGCAAGGCUGUGCUCGCUGAAGAGAGAUGGCCGUCAGCCACGUGGCGUCCUUGCCUCACUCAGGGACGUGUGCUCCCUGCUGCCCUCUCUACCAGAAAGUACAGUGCACGUUCCUUAAAUGGCUUCUGCCUGUCUCAGGUUUCCUUCCCACGGGAAUUAUGCAUCUAUGCCAUGGUGGGGAUUUGAGUUAAACAGAAGGAUUGGAAUGUCUGGGAUUCCAGGGUGCUCAGGUUGGGAGGGAAGCUUAAAAGAUGUUCUUUUUGAGAUAGCGACGGAAUUAUUUUCUUUCAUUCUUCAAGUUAGUUGGCAAAGAUUUUGCAAAUAAAAUGCUGUAUCUUUCAGGUU